GAGGAGGAGAAGGGAGGGGGCGGGAGAGAUUAGUUUGGGAAGUAGCACGGAUUGCUCAUCCGAUCCGUGCGGCCGCAGGGAGUGUGUCAAGUUACAGAGGCGCCGGAAUCGGCCCCAGCGCUCCUCGGCGGCGGCCGCGACCCACCUCUACCAGUGGGGCACUCCGCGCGCGCCCCUGCGCCCGGGGACUGAAACUGGCUGGCCCGGGGGACUCGAGACACCCAGCGGCACCGACUGCGCGGCACCAACGCGGGGACCCGGCACGCGCUGGAAGGGAAAGGCGCGCGGAGAGCUGGCCAGAUGCCCCCAACUUUCCUGGACUUGUAACGUUCUUCGAAAUAACUUUUUGCUCACUUCGUUGUACUCUGAUUUCCGCUGGUCGUGACUUUGGGCUUUCCCUCACCUACUGCUAAUUUUUCCGGUCCUCUUUGCACGGAGCAAAGGAAAGGGACGUUUGCCAGCAACACAAGUCCUUUCCCCUAACUCCGCAGUUUGGAUUGCUCCUUUUGGUAGCGGCUUUGGCUUUUAUUUAUUCUAUUUAUUUAUUUAUUGAUUCUCAAGACCCGAGGGGAUGGUGGCGGAGCGCGCCCGCAAAGCUGAAGCCGCUGGCGUCCGCUGCCCGGGGGAGCUAGGCGCGCCCGGUACGGUGGCGCAGGCGGAGCACUGCGCGCGGCUGCCUAGCCCAGGGGCGUGCGGGCUGCUGGCGCUGGCGCUGUGCUCGCUCGCGCUCAGCCUGCUCGCCCACUUUCGGACUGCGGAGCUGCAGGCCCGGGUAGUGCGCCUGGAAGCAGAGCGCGGGGAGCAGCAAAUGGAGACGGCUAUUUUGGGACGAGUCAACCAACUGCUGGACGAGAAAUGGCAACGCCACUCACGGAGGCGCCGGGAGGCCCCGAAGAUGUCUUCAGGAUGUAACUGCCCACCAGGACCUCCUGGCCCCACUGGAAGACCUGGGCUCCCUGGGGACAAAGGUGCCAUUGGGAUGCCUGGACGUGUGGGAGUGAAGGGUCCACCCGGCGAGAAGGGCUCCCCUGGAGAUGCUGGGAUGUCCAUCGUUGGUCCCCGAGGACCACCUGGCCAGCCGGGUACUCGGGGCUUUCCUGGAUUUCCGGGUCCCAUUGGGCUGGACGGCAAACCGGGCCAUCCCGGACCCAAAGGGGAGAUGGGCCUGAUGGGUCCCCGAGGACAGACGGGACUUCAAGGACAAAAAGGAGAAAAGGGCCAGUGUGGCGAGUACCCACACCGGCUGCUGCCUCUCCUCAAUUCAGUGCGGCUGGCUCCACCCCCAGUCAUAAAAAGGCGGACUUUCCAGGGUGAGCAGGGCCAGGCUGGCAUCCAAGGCCCACCAGGGCCACCAGGCCCCCCUGGACCAAGUGGACCUCUGGGGCACCCAGGACUACCAGGGCCCAUGGGGCCACCCGGCUUACCUGGGCCUCCAGGACCGAAGGGAGACCCAGGGAUCCAGGGCUUCCACGGCCGGAAGGGAGAGCGGGGCAUGCCAGGGAUGCCGGGCAAGAAUGGAGCCAAGGGGGCUCCUGGGACCACCAUGGCUGGGAUGAAGGGUGAGCCGGGGACCCCAGGAGCCAAGGGUGAGAAGGGGGCUGCCGGCUCCCCUGGCGUCCCCGGCCUCCUGGGACAGAAGGGAGAGAAGGGUGACACUGGCAACUCCAUUGGAGGAGGCAGGGGGGAGCCAGGCCCUCCAGGGCUCCCAGGACCCCCUGGCCCAAAGGGAGAAGCAGGUGUUGAUGGCCAGGUUGGCCCCCCAGGACAGCAAGGAGCCAAGGGGCAGCCAGGAGCAGCCGGACAACAGGGACCAGCUGGCCCCAAGGGCUCCAAGGGAGAACCCGGGAAAGGAGAAAUGGUGGAUUACAAUGGAAACAUCAGUGAGGCUCUCCAGGAGAUCCGGACACUGGCCUUGAUGGGACCUCCUGGUCUUCCCGGGCAAAUCGGCCCACCUGGAGCCCCAGGGAGUCCAGGCCAGAAGGGGGAGAUUGGACUACCAGGCCCUCCAGGACACGAUGGGGAAAAGGGACCUCGUGGCAAACCAGGAGACAUAGGCCCCCCUGGUCCCCAAGGACCCCCAGGAAAGGAUGGGCCUCCAGGAAUGAAGGGAGAGAUUGGAUACCCAGGGAGCCCCGGAGAAAAAGGGGAAACUGGACAAGCAGGCUCACCGGGUCUAGACGGCCCAACUGGGGAGAAAGGAGAACCAGGUGACCAAGGGAGGCCCGGAGCAACAGGAUUGCCUGGCCCCAUCGGGCUUCCAGGAUUUACAGGUGAAAAAGGAGAAGCCGGGGAGAAGGGUGACCCGGGAGCAGAGAUUCCUGGGCCACCAGGGCCAGAGGGGCCUCCUGGACCUCCGGGGCUCCAAGGUCUACCUGGACCAAAGGGGGAAGCAGGACUAGAUGGAGCAAAAGGAGAGAAGGGUGUCCAGGGAGAAAAAGGAGACCGAGGGCCUCUGGGAUUACCCGGAGCUUCAGGUUUGGACGGCAGGCCGGGGCCACCGGGUACCCCAGGACCAAUUGGCAUUCCAGGCCCCGCAGGACCAAAGGGCGAGAGGGGCAGCAAAGGAGAUCCAGGGAUGACAGGACCAACGGGAGCAGCUGGGCUUCCUGGUUUACACGGACCACCCGGGGAUAAAGGAAACCGGGGACAUCGAGGUUUUAAAGGAGAGAAAGGGGAACCGGGGUUACCAGGGCUGGACGGACUGGAUGCCCCAUGCCCAUUGGUAUGGCAUCGCCCUGCCUGCCUGCAUGGCUGACUUGGGUGUCUCAUGUGUGUGGUUUAGGCCCUUGUGCUUUCUGUUCCACCUACCCCGCCCCCGUUUGCUGCUUCUUCCCUCCAUGGACACUGAGGGUCACCUGCCUAGGACUGUGAGGGCUCCCAGCACGCGGCCCUCUUGCAUGCAAAAUUUGCUGGGUGUUUUCUUGGCUUCCCCCUCUAGCUGCUUCUGAUUCACCUCACCUUGGUCUCCUAGCCCCCAAGCAAGCUUUGACUGCUUCUGACCCUUCAAGGCACUUCUGACACCAGAGAUAAACUAGGUCAGGCUCACAGAAGCAUGACUUCCUGCCCUCCAUGCCUUGCAGUUAGGGCAGAACGCGCCUGUCCAGCACCUACCAAGCCAUUGGGAUGAGUGCCUGUUACCCUCCUCCCUGCCCCCCGCAUCUCACGGCUCGGCUGUGGACAGGUGGGCAUGUUCUAGACACAGGGUAAACUGAGGAGUUCGAGAAGCAAGGUGAGAAAGGAUGUACCCUUUCUGUUCUUCCAGACUGGGUCCUGGGUCACCGCCCAGAGGACACCAUGAAAACUAGGGGACAGUCCAAGACCAGGUGUCAGAUCCUAGAGAGCUUAUUCUCCUUGCUUAAGUCCCAGAAGACAUAUGGGACCAUCGCUUGGUCCUUCCUACACCCCCGGGUGGCUCCCCACGCAAGAGUCUGGAAGGGAUGGGAAGGUGGAGAACACAGUUAAGUGGGGGGCAAGGACACCUCUUGCAGCCAUGUCCUAGGCUGAGAGGUAGCAGAUGGCUCCUUCCCGGCCCAGUCCCUCUCCAGGUGCAGAUGCUUUAGAGCUCCUUAUGAUCCUCUUAGCUAACUGCAAGAGAAGCAGAAAGUGACACUUUGCUCCAAGGGGAGCGGUUCCGAAGCUCCUACUCACCCAGAAGGGUUGGGGUUCAGGAACUAUUUUUGUACCAGACUUCCCAGCCUCACUCUGGGGUGACUCAAGAAUUGAGUAGGAGGGAAAACAGUAUAAGAAAAUGUGGACUCCUCCCCUGAGCCCCUAGGUCUGCUCUGCCUCUGCCCUGGGACCUGCAGUUGUGGGAUCUGGCUGCCUUGCUAGUAGAUGGGACCAGGGCCUUUGGAGGCCCAGCAUGUGGGUGACCUUGGAGCCCCCUUGAAGGGCACUGGGGCCUGUGUAGGCCCCACACAGGACAAGCACAUGGAGGAGCAUGCCUCCUACCCCACUGGCUGCCUGGGACUGACCCGCCCUGCAGGCCGCACGAGCACACUUCUCAGCCGCAGGUGUCAGAGCACCUGUCUCCAUGAAUCCCCACCGGCCUCCCUGGGCCACAUCCUCUCCCACCUUUGAGCACCUUCAGUUCUGUGCCACCACCUCAGCCUCCCUGCUUCUCACUGCAUGUGACCUUCCCUUCUCUGCCUGCCCGCCUCCUCUGCUCCUGCCACCAGUGGGAAUGCCCUGUGGCCCGUGGAGGCUCCUCUCCCUCCCAGAGACUAUGAAGAGUGUGUCAAAGCACAGCGGGCUGGAAAGAGGGCAGAGGGCCACCAGGACACUGUGGGAUGCACCAGAUACCUGUGCAGUCCCUUCCCCGGCCCAUGGGGAGAUAAAGGUCAUUCCUUCACGCAAAGUGACGUUUUCUCUGGCAGCAUCCCAUAGCAAUGUGCCAUUUGUCUUAAUUUUCCAUGGAAGGAUCCAUAGCUUACCUUUGUUAUGUCUCAUUCUGCCUCCUGCAUUGUAUUCUUAGGAACUUGGGGGGCAGGGGAGCUAUUGAUGACUUUUAGUACAAGAGAACUCCACGUCUCCCCCCUCAUGUCUGGCCAGCACCUGCUGAAGGCCAAGUGACGAGGGGGGACAGGUGUCUGGUGUGGGUGGGGAAGAUGGUCCGGGCAACAGAGGAUGCCUGGUUGGCCUCCCUCCUUUUAGAACUGAGCACUGGCUCCUCCCCUGAGCCCCCAGGCCUGCUCUGGCCCUGCCCUGGGGCCUGCAACCCUGGGGUCUGGCUGCCUUGCUAGUAGAAGGGACUGAGAACCUGACUCUGCCCUUGGUUCAGCCUUGCCUGCUAAGCCAUUGCUAGGCUCCCCUGGGGUGUGCCAGAGAGGACAGGAUAGUAGGUCAAGAGAACAUAGGAAGGUUCCAUCACCGUGGGCACAACAUCCUGAGGCUACAGGGUGCUCUGCAGUUACCCCAAAUCAUGCGCAGCUAUAGCCCCACCCUGCUCCUCUGCUCCCAAAUUCCCAGCCAUGUCUGAGGCCUGGCCAGAUCCUUGUCCUCUCACUGAAGGCAUCCCUGGGACAUGUUCCAGUACCGCUGAAUGCCUGUCCCUUUUUGUUCCCAACCCCCACCCAGGACUGACCAUCCCUGGGACUGUCUAGAUGUCCUCCUCCCAUUCAGGCUGGCUGAGAGGGUCACUGACUGCUGCCUCUGCCAAGACUUUGCAGCAGGAGAAACAGAGGCUGGCCAAGUGCUGGGUGACAAGCAUCCAGCACACCACAGAGCAGCGACUGCCCCCUCCUGGCCCUCCAAGACAUCUGUGCUCGCUAAUCCUGCAGGCUAGGACGGCCCCCUCUUGGCCUUAGCUGCAGCCACAUGAGACCUUAGAGAGGGGGAAACAGCAGCAUCUGUCUCCCACCCGCUUCCAAGGGUUUUGACCUGGAACAGAGAAAAAAAAAUAGACAGUGGUGGGUGGGCCAGACCCAACAAGCUGCCAAAAUGUUUGUGGGCCUUGUCAACCCUGCCCUGCCUGCUUGGCGGACCAAGCCAAGAGUCUCAAUGUUCUGCCUCCCUUCCUC